CAACUAUUAAUGCUGUUCUGAUGCUAGCAGAAGAAGAGAAUCUACCUCCAGAUUGAUUGUUUUGUAUAAUUUCCUUUUUAUAUUCCUAUACUUUACGCUUAUAUCAGUUAUAUUUGAAUUUUUUGGAGGAAAAAUUGGUUUUGUGCCUUGUAAAAAUACUGGUAAUACAUUUCUCAGCGUUCAAAGCUGACAGCUAGGUUACUAGCUAGCUUAUUUGUCGUUUAGGCUUAGUUGUAGCCAUAAAGCCUUUUGGGAUCAUCAGAGGAAAUCCUGCGUUUAUUAUAAUUUUAGGUGCCGUCUGCUGUUGUUUUUUAACUGAAUUAACAUGCAGCUCUUGACAUCUAAAGUCUGGUCGAGGUAAAGUUACUUAGCUUUAUCAAAACGUGUGACUGUGAACAUUUACUAGGGUUGGGGACGUGUAUGCCUAAUGGCUGCUUUCGGGUUUACUCCAGCCAGCGAUGAAGAUGUUUUUAGUGUUAAAGCAGAACCGUCCGUUUCUAAAAUCAAUACCACAGUCAACCGAGAAGAAGUCCGAAACUUAUAUGAAGACUUGAUCAGGAACGACAUAGAAGAUGAUGAUCAUGUGAGAAGAAACACCGAGGCUAGGAAGGAACAUGGCCACGAAAGACGGAAGGCCAGAAAGAGGAGGAGAGUCAGGCCUGCAGAGGUUCAGCAGGCUCCACCAGAAUCUGUCGGGGCUGGAGGUGAAACCGAGUCCAACCAGAGCAGGGAGUCCGGCUCAGGGAGGACCGAGGAGCUGCAGGGACUCCGGUUACUGCGUUGUGCACAUGAGGGAGACACAGCUGGCAUCAGAGAGCUGCUGUCAAAGGGAACUGACAUCAACUACCAGGAUACAUUUCUUUGGACCGCUGUGAUGUGUGCAGCCUGGUCAGGACAGAGAUCUGCAGUGAGGCUGCUGCUCAGACAUGGAGCAGCCUGGGUGGGAGUGGUAGACACUCAGGGAAAGGAUGCACAGGACCUGGCCUUGGAAGCUGGACACAGAGAAGUGUUGGAAGACUUGAUGAACAACGGGAGAAGUCCAGAGAGAGAAGUACCAGCUGAUGACAGGGCUGUGCAGCCUCAGUGGUGUGCGACGUGUUCGACUAACUACACAAGCAGCACUUCAUCCCAUCUGUCCUCUACUCUGCAUCAGUUCAACCUGCAUCGUCCUCCGGCCACACCCUACUACUGCCUUCCCCCUUCCAGCAACAGCUACAAGAUGAUGCUGCGCUGUGGCUGGAAACCAGGCACAGGCCUGGGACCAGAGGGGGAGGGGCCUCAGCAGCCAGUGCCCACUGUGCUGAAGAGAGACCACCAAGGCCUGGGUUACGGAAAGAAGAAAAAAGCCAAAGUCACACACUUCCGAGCCAAGGAUCACGAUGCUGUGAAGCCGCCGUGCAGGGAGAGAAUGGAGAUGGGACUGAAAGGACAGAGAAAAGAGGAGGCCAGAAGGAAAGAGCAAAGGGAUAAAAACUGGGAAAGAGAUUUUCGUUCAUCGUUUUAUCUCUAAACCGACAUUUCCAUGUGAGGAGAGAGCUGCAGCACUGAGCAAACACGACCUUUGUGCCAAAUAUUACCUUUUGUCGUCACAGACAUUCUAAAAAAGCAGAAUGAAGGCAGCAAGGAAAUCGAUAUUUGUAAAGAUGAAUAUUUGUUUUAUUUGUAAUUAAAGUAUAAAACUAAAGUUU